AGGUUAAAAAAUGUAGGAUGUCUAACGGGAAUAGUAAUAAGCUGCAAUAUGGCCACAAGUGUAUGCAAAAUAAAUUUUAUUUAGCAUUGUGCGGCCCUAGUUGGUGACAUGCAUCUUAAAAUAAUUGUCUGAUAUUCACAAUACUUGAUCUAGUUAAGAAUUUCAAAGGCUGCUGUGGAUAUCAAAAACUGAAAGGGACAGUACAGACUAAACACACAAAGUGCCAUCAAGUAAAGCCCAAAUUACGUUUAUAGUGGCGGUUUUAGACCUGUUUUUCUAACCGAGACCCCUUUGAUUAAUGGAGCAGCUAUGCAAGGCCCCCCUUCCAUGUCAAAUCUGUGGGAUCACAUGUUGAAGACAUCAGAGAGUGAAAUGUUGACUCUCCAGGUCAUGCAUAUUUGAAUUUUUGUUUUUGACCCAAUUGAUUCAUGUAUGUAGAACCAUCAUCCAAUAUAAUCAUCAAAUAUGAAAAUUAAUAUUGUUUCAGGAUUUUAGAUGUCUAUUUUACUUUAUACCAUUACCUAAAAUGCUUAAAUACACAUUUUACUUGUAGGAUUGAUUAUUUUUACUAUCCUUAAUUUCGAUGCUAAGUAGUAACGGUGUUAUUUUGACUAGGAAAGCUGCUUAUGUCAAAUUCUGGUUAUAUGGUACAAUGGCUUGCCAUAUCAGUGGGGCUAUUUCAUAAAGGGGGAGGGGCUUGAGACGGUAGUGACAUCAGCGUCACCUAGUUACGCCUUCGGCUUCUCCUCGAAGUUUGCGGAAGUUUACUAAUAGAGCUGAAAUUGUACAAGUGGCAAGAGCAUCAAACCCGAAGCAGAACUGGUAUAACUUUUAUACCAGUUAAUUUAAUUGCGAAGUAAAUGGAUCUGAAGUCAGAGAAAAUACAGCGGAUACUUUCUAAGUACAAAUUUCACGAUGUCGCCGUCGAGGAGCUGGAAAAAAUCAAUCGCAUCUUCCCGGAUUUGAAACCGUUCACAGGCACUUACACUUUCACUGACAGCAGCCAAAAAGAGCUCCUGAAAUUAACUGGCAUCAUCCCUGUGAAGUUCGAUGGUCGCUCCUACAACUUCCCCGUCCAGCUGUGGCUGCUGGACUCCUUCCCGUUCACUCCUCCCAUCUGUCACCUGAAGCCCACAUCCAGCAUGGUGAUCCGAGAGGGAAAACACGUCAACGCCAAGGGCCGGAUCCACCUGCCGGGCCUUCACAGCUGGGAUUACCCCAAGUCAUCGGUGGUGGGUCUCCUGAACGAGAUGAUCACCAAGUUCCAGGAGGACCCCCCGCUCUCCUCGAAAACCACGGAGGACACCAAAGACCCCCACCAGCUCAUGGCGUUUGUCUCCAACCUGCAGAUCAAUGACGGUGGAAGCAGGCAGUACGACCAGCAAAGCAUCAAGGUUUCAGUGGUCGGAGGGGGAGAUCUGGGCAUGGCGUGUGUGAUGAGCAUCUUAGCCAAGUGUAAUGUGGACAGACUGGUUUUCAUUGACAUCGCUGAAAGCUCCACCAAAGGCGGCAGCACAGACCUGGAAAUCUUCAGUCUGCCAAAGGUGCAGGUGUCCAGAGAUAUUUCAGCUUCUGCCGGGUCCAGGGUUGUGGUGGUGACGGCGAACUCAUGGAGCAGCGACGAGUCGUACGUGAAGGUGGUCCAGACUAAUGUCGAUUUGUACAGAGGAAUAAUCCCCAAUCUGGUCCACCUCAGCCCCGACACCAUUCUGCUCAUUGCUUCGCAGCCAGUGGACAUCAUGACGCACGUGGCCUGGAGGCAAAGCGGUCUCCCUCCGACACGGGUGAUCGGAGCGGGGUGUAACCUGGACUCGGAGCGGCUGAGCUACGUCUUGGACAUCAAUCUGAAUACGCACAAACCCGGCUGGGUCAUCGGAGAGUUCUCGGACAAUAAAGUUCCUGUAAUGAGUAACGUUGGGCUGAAUUCCAACGGAGCAAUGGAGAUCGCCCCAGGAGCCAACGCUGCCAAACCACUCUUAGACAGAGCAUUUGAGCUCAUGAAGAGUCGAGGCCAGCGGUCCUGGUCUGUAGGUCUUUCUGUUGCCGACAUCACCAACACCAUCCUGACAGACAGGAUGAAGACUCACUCCAUCUCCACACUGGCUCAGGGCUGGGGUGGAAUCGGGGCGGAGGUGUUCCUCAGUUUGCCGUGCAUUAUGGGAGCAAACGGAUCAACCCGGUUGGCUGGAGUGUCGCUGGGACCCGAAGAGGACGCCAAGCUCAGGACAAGCGUCAACUCGCUCUCCGCCCUCAUGAGCCAGAUCAGGCUAUGAACGCGAGGAGCGGCCAACGAAUACGGACAGUGGUUGCUCUGGUUUAAAAAACACAAUCGUCUGAUUUUCUAGCACCCGUUUCUCCCCACUGCACGGACAUUGUGCACUAAAUCACUGUAGAAAAUAAAUCUUGCACUUUUUUUUUUUAUUUUAAAGCUAGUUGGCUUUAGAAGCCCAUUUUGCACUUUGUCGUGUUUCAUUGAAGUACUGUUUUUGUUGUUUUUCUUUUAAAGCCAAAGUAUUUUGUGCAAAACAUCAGAAAGAUGAUUGUGGUCUUUGGAACCUUUUUUUUUUUUUUUGUCAACAUAAUGUGGUGAACGUUUGUCCAGGACACUUUGUGUAUUUCUGCACAUCGUACAUGAUUCUGGAUUGUAAAUAUAAGCUAUGCUUAUAACCCAGAGAUGGUGUGGGCUAUAAAUCAGUAGAUUGAUUUAAGUGUAGCUUUUCUAUUGGCUGUCAUCCUGUUUCCUCCUAAAAAAAAAAAAUAAAUACUACUUUGAUCUUGUUGUAUACUUAAUGCAAAAACAUUUUUAUAUUCAACGGAAGCCUUGUAUAUUGUGAGAUUAGAUGACUGUGUGGGUUUGCAAUAAAUGUUUGAAAGC